CCACCGGCUGCGUGUAGUUGACCUGGAGAGAAAACAAGGCACGGGUCAAGCAAGGCGAAGGAGAGGAAGAUGUUACCGUCAUUGGACCUCCCACAUUUACAGGUACAUUUGCAGCUCUGGAGACCAGCAUUUGAAUUCCUUUUCAUCCAUAGAAAUCCACUGGGUGAACUUAGACGAGUUGCACACUCUCAGCCUCAAGGCAAACAUCCUCUGAAGAAAUUUCGCAAAGAAAACCAUGGACAGUGGAACCCGUGGAUGCAAAAUGUGUGGAUACAGAGGACGGACUGCAAUGCGAUCCAGUCCAAUCCAGGCCCCAGCCAAAGCAAACAACUCCGACCCCAAUAAAUGCGUGGAUGUUGCAAGAUUUCAGAAAGGAUGAAGAAGAUCCUGAGAGACAGGAGCUGCUUGGAUCAAAGUCUAACGUGUCUGGGAGACGGAAAGGGAGCUGAAAGGUGAGGCCUCACCAUGGACAUCGGAGGCCUGGAGACGGUGGUGGCCAACUCGGCCUACGUGUCGGCCCGAGGGGAUGGCGGGCCUUCUACAGGCCGCGACAAGAAGAUGCGGGCCAAGCUGAAGCUGCCACACAUCACCCAAUGCGAACACCUGAAGGACACCUUGGACCUGGACUUCAACUUCAUCUGCGUGCGGCAGCCCAUCGGCAAGCGCAUCUUCCAGCAGUUCCUGGAGGAGACGGAUGAGUUCAAGGCAGCCGGCGGGCUGUGGAAGAGCAUUGAGGACUACAACACGUCCGAGGAGGCCGACCGGCCCAAGGUGGCCCAGAAAAGCGUCAACAAGUACUUCGACUCAGCCUCCAAGGAGUUCUGCUCCUUUCUGGAGGAGAAGGCCAUCAUGCGAGUCAAGGAGGAUGCCAAAAACGGCCGCGCGGAUCUCUUCAAGGAGGCCGAGCAGCACCUGCUCAAGUACCUGGAGGCGAACACCAUGGCUAAGUACAAGGAGAGCCUGCACUUUGGGCGCUUUCUCCAGUUCAAGUGGCUGGAGUCCCAGAGCGUGACGGACGAGUGGUUCAUGGACUUCCGGGUUCUGGGCAAAGGCGGCUUUGGGGAGGUCUGCGCCUGCCAGAUGAAGGCCACCGGCAAGAUGUACGCCAACAAGCGGCUCAACAAGAAGCGGCUCAAGAAGCGCAAUGGCUACGAGGGAGCGAUUGUCGAGAAGCGGAUCCUGGCCAAAGUCCACAGCCGCUUCAUUGUCACCUUGGCCUACGCUUUCCAGACCAAGCUGGACCUCUGCCUCGUCAUGACGCUCAUGAAUGGAGGAGAUCUUAGAUACCAUGUUUAUAACGUGGACGAGAAGAACCCAGGGCUUUCCGAAUCCCGGACCAUUUUCUACACGGCUCAGAUCAUUUGCGGCUUAGAACAUCUGCAUCAAAACCGCAUCAUCUAUCGGGACCUGAAGCCGGAAAAUGUCCUCCUGGACGACGCAGGGCAUGUCCGGCUUUCAGAUCUGGGCUUGGCGGUGGAGCUCCCUGAAGGAAAAGACAAGACCAAGGGCUACGCUGGGACACCAGGAUUCAUGGCUCCGGAGCUGCUCAAAGGGGAGGAAUACGACUCCAGCGUGGACUACUUCACCCUCGGAGUCACCAUCUUUGAGAUGAUCGCCGCCAAGGGACCUUUCCGCAGCCGACGCGAGAAGGUAGAAAACAAGGAGGUGACCCGCCGUAUCCUGAAUGACCCGGUGACGUAUCCCGAUGACAAGUUCAGCGCAGACUGCAAAGCCUGUCUGGAUGCCCUGAUGGCCAAAGACCCAGCCAACCGGCUGGGCUUCAAGAACAAUGAGUGCAGCGAACUAAAGAACCAUGCGCUCUUCAAGCCCAUCAACUGGGGACGGCUAGAGGCAGGUCUGAUCGAACCACCUUUUGUGCCGGACCCCAAAGUGGUCUACGCCAAAGACAUCGGCGACGUGGGUGCCUUCUCAACGGUGAAAGGCGUGGUUCUGGACGACAAGGACAAAGAGUUCUACGAUGACUUCUCCUCGGGGAACAUCCCCAUCCCUUGGCAGGAGGAGAUGAUCGAGACGGGCAUCUUCGGAGAGCUGAACGUGUGGGGCACCAAGGGCACUAUCCCCAAGGAUCUGGACCGCAAUGCCCCGGUCUCCUCGACCACCACCAAAUCGGGGACUUGCCUUCUGCUCUGAAAGGAAGGAGAUGGGUUUCUUUGCAAGCCUCUCACAGGCAUGGCAUAGACGUUGGAGACAUCGCUCCUUGCUCAAUGGCCCGCAAGGAACCAUGAAUCCGAACUCAACCAUUCACAUUGCUGGCAAGGAGUAGACUCUUCCUUUAUGGGACCAGUGGGGGAAAAGUUGCAGAAUCUGUGAAUGGACACAGAAAGGCAGCUGUAUUCACUCCCCCUUCCUUUCCACCUUCUUCCAGAUGUUGCUUUUCCAAACUGGGAGGCUCUUGGGAGAACUGUCGGCCCUUUUCUUCUCCUCUCCAAAAUGGAACUAAAACUAGUAGCGUCUCCAACCAACUAGGUCCCUAAUUAUUAUGAGAAAGGGGACCGAAAGAGUAGACUUUUUAUUUUUCCAUCCAGACUCCAGAUCUAGUUAGUAAAGAGUUGUAGUUUCCAGGCCACUCUCAGCUAUCCAAAGGGAUGCCUCCAGCCUUCUCUGUUUGUUUUCACUGCUGUGGAAGGAGCUUGAGAGAGCUCCGUAAGAUGGAUCCCGUUUUACUUUUGUCAAAGGCGGAGAUUUUGAUCUUGACUGAUUACCUCUCUAACCACUAGGCUGUACAUCCCCUUAGAGAACCAAGCAAUGUUAUUGGUCCUAGUUUGCAACAGCUUGGCUUCUUUGGACAUCCAAGAGAGAGGGCCCUUAAUGUGGAUUCUGGUUUGGGGACGAGGCGUAGAAGCAAUUGGUUUGAACAAGCCAUCUUGAGAAUCGUCAAGAAAAGGAAUUAAAAGCUGGUGCCCAAUGCGGAGUCCAACUGUUCCAGUGCUGGAGAAACAACACUUCGGCUGCUUGUUAUGCUCCCCUGUGCAAAGCUACACCAGUGCAACAUUUCCACAACUGAUGUGCCACAGCAGAGAAUAGGCACCCAGCAUACCCGGCGGCACAAUUGGAACCCUGUUGCUCCUGUGACGAUAAGACAAAAAUGCUGAACCGCUUCCAUAAGGCAGCUUCGACUUGCGCAAGACCCCAGCUGCAUUCCAGCCAUUGCUUCUGAACCUCCUCAAUUUAAUUCCUAAAGCACACUGUAUUUUUUUUGUUAAAGGUUUAUUCGGUGGGUUAAGGAGCAAAGCAUCGUCAAAAAGUGGAUCUGGUUGAAAAGUGGAACUGUCUUUUUGUUUCCUAAGACUGAAUACUAUGAAGGCGAAAACAACUCAGGGAAUCAUCUGCAAUAUUGUCAAGAGAGCAGACCGUGUGUUGAAAAUAUGGUUCAGGGCCUAAUUUAGAAUGAUCGAAAGAGCAGACGAACAAAAGCAGAGACAGGUAGUCAGGAGUCUGAAAAGUUCCUGACUGAUCAGUAUUUAAAAAGGGAAUCUGGGAAUCUAGUUUGCAAGUCAACCCAUGCCCAUUCCAAACUUUUUUGCCCAUGCCAGUGACAAUUUCUAUGGGAUUCCAUCUCUCUUAUAAUACUUAGAUGAGGAAUGAGAUGGAAACCCAUUUCUCAGUAACACCAAACCCCAACUUUCUGGAGUUUAUGGCUGGACCAGCAUUGCAUUCAACCCGGGUCAGUAGGAGGUAAGGCUAAGGUAGGACUUCCCUUUGUUGUCGACCGAUGUUUCUGAUACAGUAACAAUAAACAAUAUCAUAUUCA